AUGCGGCGUUUCGCCCCUCUUUGGCACGUACAGGACACACCAUUCCCUGUGGCAAAUGCUUUGCCUGAUUUACCGUCUCCUGGCCGGACUAUGAUCCGACAUGGAAUGACGACCGGUUACAGGGGGGCGGACGAACAAGGGCCAGACCAAUGGGCUGGCGGAGCCCUGUACUCUGUCGUCGGGGCGUCCAACACGAAUUGCGCGAAAAGGCUAGACUUUUCUAGCUCCAGCUACAACCUCGAGGAUGGGCUGGCCCGGCUCGGGACGAAUGAGGUGAGACGGAGCGGCAGACUUUGGUGA